GAUUUACAAAUUUUGUUUCUUUUUGGUAUUUGUGUUUUUGGGGUUUGAUUGGAACCAAAAGUAAUUGUUUCUGUUUUUGUUAAAAGCAGAAACGGUUCCAGAAUCUGGGAUUUUGGUUUUUUUAAUUUUGUUGCUUAAAAGAAGAAAAAAAAGAGAACUUUAAUUUGUAUCCAUCCUAUUCCAAUCUCUGUUGUGAAGGAUUUUGAAUUUUGUUAAGAACCCUGGUUAAGAAAAUAGGUUAUCUCAACUGGGCUUGUUGAUUUUGGAGGUGGGUCAAGCUCAAUUUAGGAAAGGUUCUACUGGGAAUGUAAAGCUGAAUUGUGAAUUCAAUUACUCAAAAGUUUAGUUAUAUUGGUUAUUUUUCUGGAAUCUUUUAGUGAAAAUGGGGCCUGAGAUGGGAGCUCUGCUAGCUAACAUGAAUAUCUUGUCAACAACUUCCGAUCACGCUUCAGUUGUGUCGCUUAAUAUAUUCAUCGCCCUCUUGUGUAUUUGCAUCGUGAUUGGUCAUCUUCUGGAGGAAAAUCGUUGGAUGAAUGAAUCCAUCACGGCUCUUAUUAUUGGUUUGUGUACCGGAGUGGUUAUUUUGUUAAUAAGCAACGGGACCAGCUCGCAUCUGUUGGUUUUCAGUGAAGAUCUUUUCUUUAUUUAUCUGCUUCCUCCGAUCAUUUUCAAUGCCGGAUUCCAGGUCAAAAAGAAACAGUUCUUUCGCAAUUUCAUCACAAUUAUGUUGUUCGGAGCAGUUGGGACUUUGAUCUCCUUCAUCACCAUAUCACUGGGUGCUAUUAGCAUUUUCAGUAAUAUGGAUCUCCAACCUCUCAAAAUUGGAGACUAUCUAGCCAUUGGAGCAAUCUUUUCUGCAACAGAUUCUGUGUGCACUCUACAAGUCCUUAAUCAAGAUGAAACACCCCUUCUUUACAGUUUAGUGUUCGGUGAAGGAGUUGUGAAUGAUGCUACUUCUGUUGUGCUGUUCAAUGCGGUCCAAAACUUUGACCUAUCUCAUCUCAGCACAAGUGUAGCUUUGCAAUUAAUUGGGAACUUCUUCUACUUAUUUAUUUCUAGCACUUUUCUGGGAGUUCUUGCUGGGCUGCUCAGUGCUUUCAUUAUAAAGAAGCUGUACUUUGGAAGGCACUCCACUGAUCGUGAGGUUGCCUUAAUGAUGCUCAUGGCAUACCUCUCAUACAUGCUGGCAGAAUUAUUUGAUCUAAGUGCUAUCCUCACUGUGUUCUUUUGCGGGAUUGUAAUGUCUCAUUACACCUGGCAUAAUGUCACAGAGAGCUCAAGAGUAACAACCAAGCAUGCAUUUGCAACAUUGUCCUUUGUUGCUGAAAUUUUCAUCUUUCUGUAUGUUGGUAUGGAUGCUUUGGAUAUCGACAAGUGGAGGAUUGUUAGUGACAGCCCGAAGACAUCAAUUGGAGUCAGCUCUGUGCUGUUGGGGCUUGUUUUGUUGGGAAGAGCAGCCUUUGUUUUCCCAUUGUCAUUUAUGUCGAACAUGACCAAGAAGACUCCAGAAGAGAAAAUAAGCCUAAACCAGCAAAUUACAAUCUGGUGGGCGGGUCUCAUGCGAGGAGCUGUUUCCAUGGCGCUUGCUUAUAACAAGUUUACAAGAGCCGGUUACACUCAGUUAAGGGGGAAUUCAAUUAUGAUCACCAGUACAAUAACAGUUGUUCUUUUCAGCACAAUGGUAAGGAUUUUCAGGGACUUUGAAAAAUCAAAGAAUGUGUUCUUUAGUUCUGCACAUGAUAAACAGAACCCUGCUGCUAAUUUUACACCAAAGAAGUAACAAUAACCUACUUCAAUUAGCAGUUUCCGCAGAAUGUUGAAUUGACUUGAAAUAAUGUGCUGUUUGGCAAUGAAUGAUCCAUUGAAGUUGUUCACCUUCCUUUUAUUUUCUAUUAUUUCAGUAAACACGUGGAUGACCACAUUAAUAUCCACAGCUCAACUUAUUUUGCUAACCUUUAUCUUGGUUUUAAACAGGUAUUCGGGUUAAUGACUAAGCCUCUGGUGAGGCUCUUGAAUCCAUCACCGAAGCAUUUGAGCAGUAUGCUCUCGUCUGAGUCAGUUACUCCAAAAUCCUUCAUUGUUCCCUUGCUCAACGGUGAAUCAGAAGCUGAACUAAGUGGCAUUGCCCGGCCAUCCAGCUUGAGGAUGCUCAUGACUGCCCCAACUCACACCGUUCACUACUAUUGGAGAAAAUUCGACAAUGCCUUCAUGCGUCCCGUUUUUGGUGGUAGGGGAUUUGUGCCUUUUGUACCAGGCUCACCGACCGAGCAUAACAACGAGCAAUGGCAGUGAGGAUCACUAGUACAUGAAUAGCGGAAUUCACUAGGUUGUUAUGUGGUUUUUGCACAUAGUUUCAGGUUCUCGUGUCGUCGCUUGAGUGUUUCAGGUCAUAGGGUUUUGGUUUUUGUCAGUAAAUAGGUUGCAAAGGGAGAGACUUUUCCUUAGGUGUGAUAUCAUCUUUUGAAUUUUUCCCCAUUGGGCAAAUUCACUGACCCCAGCGGUUGGUUCAUGGGAAUUCCAUGGUUUUGGGCCCUGAAAGCAUCCUUUUUUGGAAAAAAAAGAAAAAAAAAAACACCAAAUAGGUGUAUAUUCUUUUUCUAGAAACUGCCAUCUGAAUUCAGCAACCUCUUUUGUGUAUAAUGGUUUCUUUUAGCCAUUAAUGCCUAUUGAAAAUCUUUAGAAUGCAGUUCUUAAUAUCGUUUUGAGUAUUGCUUCAUUCAUAUUGGUUUGUAUGUGUAAACACCUUUGUCGGGACGAUAUUUUUACAGGAACCAAUAAGGAUAGCAACAUCCUGAUGAAGGGGUAGCAUAUUUUAGUAUAUCGUGUCAUUUGUGGUAUCAGCUGCAGUGAUUCUAUUAUGAGUUAGGAUUCUAUUAUGAGUUGCACCAGCUGCAGUGAUACCAUAUAAACUAUAAAGGUCUUCACCGAACUUCGAGAAGUAGCAGUAGCAGUAGGUUCUUUUUGGUAUUUUUCGACUGAAAUGGUAGUUAUGUCAAAAGUAUGUUUCGGAGAAUAUAUUCAACAGAUUUUAAGAGCCAGAGAUUUUGUACAGUAAUC